AAACACUCAGUAGAGAUGGUUAGAGUUCAGAGGAGUAUGAGCAUUAAAGCCACUCUUCUUUUCAGUAACUCUCACGAGCCUCAGAUCUACACUUUAUUAUUAUUAUUUUCUUUGUUUCUGAAACCUGCAGUGUGUCUUUAACAGGGUGAAUUGUAGAGGGGCGUGGCCUGCACGAGCUCCUCUUCUUUAUGUGGGCUGCGCGUAACAGCACGGAGAAGACAAAAACACACUUGGUUAAAAGUCGGAUCAAGACACACACACACACACAGAGCGUUAGAGAUGAACGUCAGUGAGCAUUGUAACGGUGAGCAGUGGGUUCGGAAAGGUUCUCCCACCACCUCCGCGCUCAUGUUCUCCGCCGGAGUUCUCGGGAACGUGUGUGCGCUCGUGCUGCUGGAGGUCCGGCGCAGGAGAAGGAAGCAGCGCGCACAAGGUCACUCCUCUACCUGCAGUCUGUUCCAGGUUCUGCUCACCGCGCUGCUGGUCACCGACCUGCUGGGCACGUGCUCGGUCAGCCCGCUGGUGAUAGCCGCGUACGCGCGGAACGAGUCUCUGCGCGCGCUGGGUGGAAGCGUGGUCGCGUGCCAGCACUUCGGCUUCGCCAUGACUUUCUUCAGCCUCGUAACGCUCGCGCUCUUGCUCUGCAUGGCGCUCGAGCGAUGCGUCUCCAUCGCCUUGCCUUACGUGUACGAGAGACACCUGAGCGCGCGCUCCGGGUACCUGGCGCUAGCCCUGGUCUACGUGUCGGGCGCGCUCUUCUGCCUCGCGCCGUUCUUCGGUUUCGGCGAGUACGUGCAGUACUGUCCCGGGACGUGGUGCUUCGUUGACAUGAUGUCUGCGCAGCGCGUGCACUGCAUCUACAAGAACCUGUACGCGUCUUGCCUGCUCGUCAUGAUUGCGUGCACAGUGCUGUGCAACGUCUGCGUCAUCUACCACCUCGUGCUCAUGUACCGGAGGGUCGAGCUGCACCGGGGAUCCGCGCGCAGGUUCAGAGCCUCCACACGGACACACUUAUUCACGGAGGAGCUCGAGCACCUGGUCCUACUCGCCUUCAUGACCAUCGCCUUCCUUAUCUGCUCUCUUCCGCUCGUGAUCCGUUUGUAUAUCAGCUCAUUCAGUAUGAACCGCACUCUGGACCUGACGGCUCUCCUGCUGCUCUCCAUGAACCCCAUCCUCGACCCCUGGGUGUUUAUUCUGCUCAGCCCCCCUGUGCCCCACCUCGUCUGGGGGGCAGUGUGUACAGUGCUGAGGCCAUGCCCCCUGGACAACAAGGUCCCUCUCUCACCUGGUCCUCACACACAGACCACCAUAGAGCUACAGACAUGAGGCACAUGAUACAGGACAUAUCUAUGGAUAAAACAGGUCUAUGUACACACACACAGACACACACACACACACAGACACACACACACACACAGACACACACACACACACAGACACACACACACACACACACACACAGACACAGACACAAACACACACACACAGACACACACACACAGACACACACAGACACACACACACACAGACACACACACAGACACAGACACACAGACACACACACACACAUAGACACACACAGACACACACACACAGACACACACACAGACACAGACACACAGACACAG